GGUUGGUACCCGGGGGGAUGGGGCGGAUGGAGCGGAUCCGUACCUGACGGCUUUCUUGGCGGCCUGGCCGGGCUGGGCCGGGUGGUAGGGCAAGACACGAGGCUCCCAGCUCUCACCGGCGCCCGCGCCAGCCCCGGGUCUCUCGCGCUCCGCUCCGGGCUGCACCGAGUUGGGCCGGCGCGCCGCGUUGGUGUUGCCGCGCGGCGGCAGCUCAGAGUCUCCGGGUUGGGGCGGCCCCGGGCCGCAAGGCUCCUCCACCCAGGUGACGCUGAGCAGGCUCAGGGUGAAGCCCAGGGAGAUGCCCACGGCCACAGGCCCCGCGGGCCGCAACACCGACAGCAGCAGCGACGCCCGCAUGGCGUCCCGACACCGGGCCCCCGGCCCCCGCGCAGCCCGAGGAGGCUCCGAGGGGGCGGGACCGGGGAGGGGGCGGAUCCGGAGGGCCCGGGCCCAGCAGGCGGGCCCGCUCCCUCCCCGCCGAGCAGAGCCAGCAGCGACAGCCGGAACCCCCGCGCUGCUCCGCUGCCCCUCCAGCUGCGCUCCGCGUCCCGGCCUCCCAGGCGGCUGCUGUCCGACGUGUCAUGCGAGGGCCCCGCCCCCGAGGUGGGGUCUCAGCCGUCAGCUACCGGAGAGGGAUGGAGAGGGAGGAGGUUAAAGGGGAAGGACCCCCGGAAGUGCCCCCUCCUCAGCGUCGGAGAGGCAGACGCCAGGGGCGGAGUCCCCCUGCUUCCCUCGGCGUGGUUGGUGCAUCCCGGGUGACGUCAGAAGCAGCCCGCCCCUGCCUGGAUGGUGCACCCUGAGUGACGUCAGGAGCAGAGGCCGGAGCUGUCCAUCAGCACCAAAGGCCGCCGGCGGGCUCAGGGGCAUGGGGCCGCGGCUCCGGGGCAGCCCGAGCUCCUGCUCCUGCUCCUGCUCCUGCUCUUUUCCCUUCCCCGGGCCGGGUCCGAGUCACCGGGCCGUGGGACUGCAGUGCCAGCCGGUGUUGGAGGUGGAGCGGCGACGCCGUCGCACAGAGACCUGUCUCUCCGGCCCAGCAGCCCCCUUCCCACGGCGGACUUUGCCCGGACCCCAGUCAGUAGGAGCCACUGGCGUCCCACAACCCCGGCUCCUCCAGCCCUUGAACAGCCUUUCUUGCUCGGAAGCUCAGGUCACCUCCAGCCCAGGUUGACCUGGGAGGGUGACCCUCUUCCAUUCCCGGCACUAUGCCGGGUACUAUGGAAACUCUGCGGUUCCAGCUGCUGCCCCCGGAGCCAGAUGAUGCCUUCUGGGGUGCACCCUGUGAACAGCCUCUGGAGCGCAGGUAUCAGGCACUGCCGGCCCUCGUCUGCAUCAUGUGCUGUUUGUUUGGAGUCGUCUACUGCUUCUUUGGUUACCGCUGCUUCAAGGCAGUACUCUUCCUCACUGGUUUGCUGUUUGGCUCGGUGGUCAUCUUCCUGCUGUGCUACCGAGAGCGGGUUCUGGAGACGCAGCUGAGUGCCGGGGCAAGCGCAGGCAUCGCACUGGGCAUUGGGCUGCUCUGCGGGCUGGUAGCCAUGCUGGUGCGCAGCGUGGGCCUCUUCCUGGUGGGGCUGCUGCUCGGCCUGCUGCUCGCUGCCGCCGCCCUGCUGGGCUCUGCACCCUAUUACCAGCCUGGCUCUGUAUGGGGCCCACUGGGGCUGCUACUGGGAGGCGGCCUGCUCUGUGCCCUGCUCACGCUGCGCUGGCCCCGACCGCUCACCACCCUUGCCACUGCGGUGACCGGUGCUGCUCUCAUCGCCGCUGCCGCAGACUAUUUUGCUGAACUGCUGCUGCUGGGGCGCUACGUCGUGGAGCGACUGCGGGCUGCGCCUGUGCCGCCCCUCUGCUGGCGGAGCUGGGCCCUGCUGGCGCUCUGGCCCCUCCUUAGCCUGAUGGGCGUUCUGGUGCAGUGGAGGGUGACAACCGAGAGGGACUCCCACACAGAAGUGGUCAUCAGCCGGCAGCGGAGGCGAGUGCAGCUGAUGCGGAUCCGGCAGCAGGAAGAACGCAAGGAGAAGCGGAGGAAGAAGAGACCCCCUCGGGCUCCUUCCCGAGGUCCUCGGGCACCUCCGCGGCCUGGUCCCCCGGACCCUGCCUAUAGACGCAGGCCAGUGCCCAUCAAACGCUUCAAUGGAGAUGUCCUCUCGCCGAGUUACAUCCAGAGCUUCCGGGAUCGGCAGACUGGGAGCUCUCUGAGCUCCUUCAUGGCCUCACCCACAGACACAGACUAUGAGUAUGGGUCCCGGGGGCCACUGACAGCCUGCUCGGGACCCCCCGUGAGGGUGUAGUCAUGUUUCCACUGUCUAAGACUCUGCAGUCAUCAGCUCUGCCAGCUUGGAGAGCCCUGCCAGACCACUACUGAGGCUUCAUGGCCCUGUGUGUGGUCUUUGGCUGUCUCUCUUCCCUCCUUGGAGAGGGCUGGCCAGCCACCAGAAGGGAGGCUGUGUCUCGGGCUAGGUAGGCCUGGCCGGAGGGAGAAGCUCCCGUCCAAGCUCCCGAGGGACUCGGGAUGUGAGCCCCACUGGGAUGUGCUCAGGGUUGUCUGUUGCCCACAUAGGCGUGUGUGAAGGGGUAGGCUUUGAGGGGACACUGGGACCCUUGCCUUAGUUUUCUGAUUGGCAGGGCUUCUUCAGGGCCAGCCCCGCCUCCCGUCCCAUGGCUGGGGUCCCACAGGCCACUCUCCUGCAUGUCUGUGAGGAGGAGGAGGCCUGCCUGCCUCCCCUACUGCUCUGCCUCCCGACCACCCAUCUGAGGCUUCUUGUCACUGUCCAUGGAGCUAAUGCAGCACCCCUCACCCUGGUCCCCUGGCCUCUGCAAAGCCACCAGCCUGAAGGGCAGUGGCAGGGGAUGGGGGUGGGGAGUGCUGUUCUGGGUUGGGUUUGGGAGGAGGGUGGAGGGAGAAUGGAGGGAGAAGGGCUUACAUGCACGGUGCAUGUCUGGUGUCUGCCAUGCCACCCUAGACACCUCAUGCUUCUGUCCCCUCCCACCCUGUUUAACAUCUUUUAUAAAUGUGCCAAACUAUGUGGCCUCUGCCAGAA